GGCCAUUUUAAAAAUAAACUGCGUGUCGUUUUAACUGCAGAAAAACGACGCGUGCUUUUCACUUUCCCGCCACACAAGAAGUCCCUCGAAAUUCUCGAGAGCCUCGCCGAUACGAGGCAUAAUCUUCUCUUUCCUUUCGGCGAUGACGGCCAAGCGAAACCGUAAGAAGCGAUGUAAGCUCUCAGAUCCGGUCAGCUUAUUCCGCUCCCUUGCUUCAGCUAUCGCUUCCGCUCAGGUUUCUAAACAGCCAAUCUUGAGACGUCUGCUGUACAUUCUGAAUCAAUUAUCAUUAGCUCAACCAAUAAACUGGGAGGAUUUUUGUGAAGAGCAAGUGAAAUUGAUCAAUUUCGAGGAUGUUUGUAACCUCUCUGAUGUUUUGUUCACGGAGCUUGAUAGGAGUUUCCAAAACAUUUUCUCUACUUUAUCCAAACGGAAGGAUGAAACUUGUCCCACAUGUACAGAAGAAACUGUGGAAUUAGCCAUUCUGUUCCUAAGUUGCUGUCUGAAAAUCAUCACUUUACUUUUUCACAAACAAGACCUGGCUCUGGAGAAAGCCAAAGCUCUUCGCUCAAUCCUCAGUCGAUUGAUUCGUGCAACGGAUGGGGAUUGUUCUUUUGUUUCCGCUAAUGAUGGAUCUUUAGAUCCCCUCCAUGCAUUUCUCUGGAAAGGUCUUGAGGUUUUCAUGAAUGAGAUAUUGGUGAAUAAAUCAAUCAGGGAUCUGCUAUUCCUAGUCGAUUCUGCAUUCUCCUCGUGUAGACUGUUCAGUAAGCAUGACAGGGCCGGUGUGGUGGAAAUGGUUUCUGCGCAUUUUAUCAUCUCAACCUCUGACGAGAAAACGAAUAGAAUGUGUGCUGAGAGGUUAUGCUGGAAGCAAGCUAAUGCGUUUACAGCUCCUCAGAUAAGCUUGUGUGCUGCUUUGUCCUUGCUGCAAAACCCGGUGAUAUCCUCUGCGCCAAGGAUGAUUCAUGCCUAUGUGGUUUUAUUGGUCUCUGACGCCAUCGGUGUUUGUUCACCUCCAUGUGUUAAGGGAUCAGACCUUCAGUUUAUUGCUCGCUAUAUUGAUGCGUUCGAAAAGUCUGUUGUUUUGUACACGAUGAACAUGUGUGAAGGUGAGAAUGCCCCAUCUGGGAAGUUUGGUAACUCUCGGGUGGCUUUUGAACAUCUUAUUUUGCCCUCGACACUGGAAAAAGUUAAUCAUCUUACUCUGAAGCUAAAGGAGUCAUGGGGUGCAUAUCAAAGUGACAAUGCCAAGAGAGAAAACAAUGAGCUGGUGGCGAAUUCUGUUGCGUACGCAAAGGCCAGCUUAUGUGUAUUUGAUAGCUCCUGCUCAGAGAACAUGUUGUCGCAAACCUUAUCGAUUCUUGGUGGCAUGAUACUUAGAGCUAGUUCUGAUGAUGUCAUGGACUCUGUGUUGCAAAAGCACAACGCGUCUAAUAUGGAAGAUCUAUAUCUGCUUGCAUCAACACUGAAGCUGAUGAGUUAUUCGAUGUUGCAAGCCAUCAGGGUUCUCAGGAAUUGCGACUGGCAUCAAUCUGAAGGAGAUGUUCGAGCUUGCAAGGAAUACAAAGCCAUGAUGGAUGUUGUUCAACGUUUUGAACAGUUCAGUGUUCAUUUGCCCGGUCAAAGCUUCUUGCGCGAUAGAAUGGAGUCAUCACAUCUUAACAGACAUGUGAAAUCGAAGAGGAUGCUUAUGCAUUUUUCAGGCUUACUCUCUGUAAGUUAUGCACUCAAGCUCGACUUCUUAAUGAAGAACUCCAUUUUUGGAAUGGUGGUAUCUCUGUAUUCAUUUAUCCUAGAAGGGGGUGACAUGGAAGCACUAAGGAAUUCAGUUUGUCACUCAGAAAGUCCGUUAUCUUCCAUACCAUCCAGUGGUUCCAAAGACAUGGAAGCUUCUUGUAAUAAUGCUGAGGAGACUACAGUAGAUAGGAAAUCGAGUGGGGCGGUUGCAUUGAAGUUUCAAAAAAUCCGAACUUUGUACUUGGGGAAGAUGUCUGAGGCUAAAGAUGCAGAGAAUUGUGGAGUGGGUGUUGAAGAGGAAAGGUGCAACGGGGAGAAAUUUCUGUGGUGUGUGGCCGGAAAGGGCAACCUGAGAAGCAGCGACGUGGAGGAGUUGGCAGAUUUCAUAGCGUGUGAGCCCGGGAAGGACUAUUCGGAUUGGCUAAAAGGGAGGGAACGGUAUCGGAAUCAACGGUGGAAGUCUGAGAAGAUUGCUGUCCAAAGGUGGAAGAAGAAGCAGAAAGCAUGGAGGGAGAGCAAAAGGAAGAGUAGCUGCUAAACACAUAUCAUCAUUACUAUUAUAAAUCUCUUGUCAUCUUUUAAUUUAAAAGGAAGUGGCUUUUCUUAACUCAAGGGCACUGUGAAAAAUCCUAUUCUAGUGAUGGGUCUCUCAGUUGAUUCAAACCCAUUACCAAAAUCAUAACAGAGAAACAAGUCUCGGAAACAGAGAACCUUGCCGA